AUGAGGCGGACUCUGUUAGCAAUCGGAAUCGUGGCAACCGGCGUCUACGCCUGCCAACGUGACUGGGCGGCCCUCCACAAGCGCAUCCACGAUCACAGACACCACGACCACGGCCACAAGAAGCGUGAUCUGGCGGUCGAGUAUCCUCCUUCUCUCACCGAGCACGAGAGCAUUCUGGUGAACUCGUUCGACAGCAAAGACUUGGACUCCUGGUCUUACUACUACACCCAUGGAGACCAUCUCGGCGGACACAACCGCACCAUGGCCGAGUGGACGCAGGAGCAGUGGACCAACGCCGGCUGGGAUGCGCAUAUCGAGGAGUACUGGAUCUGGUACACCGCGCCUAUUGAGACCAGCUUGAAGUUGAACAGGCCUGAUGGUAGUGUGCAUGAAGUCAGUUUGAUUGAAGACAUGCUGGAAGAGGACUCGACUACGAGCUACCCGAACCGCAUUCCGGCUUACCAUGCCAUGAGCGGUUCCGGUAACAUCAGUGCUGAGUACGUCUAUGUUGGGCGUGGCCAGCGAGGCGACUAUCAAGCGCUCGAAGAUGCCGGUAUUGAAUUAGAAGGCAAGAUCGCUCUUUCCAUGUACGGAGGUAUUUACAGAGGCACGAAAGUCAAAAAUGCUCAGGACAAGGGCAUGAUCGGUGCAGUUCUCUUCACCGACCCCCUCGACGACGGCGAGAUCACAGUCGCCAACGGCUAUGCGGCCUACCCAGAUGGCCCGGCGCGCAACCCCUCCAUGAUCCAGAGAGGCAGCGUCCGGUUCUCCUCACUCUACUCCGGCGACCCGUCAACCGUCGGCUACGCUUCCGAGAAGGACGGGCCUCGAAACGACGUCACCCCUUACAACCCGACAAUUCCUUCGGUACCCAUUAGCAUGAAGGAUGCCGUUCCUCUUCUUGCCGCUCUUGACGGGAGCGGCCAGUCUGCUGAACAGGUCAACCGGAGCAGCUGGGUCGGUGCCCUCCCGAACAUCACCUACAGCAGUGGGCCAACUCCCGGUGCCACGCUCGAUAUGGCUCAUUUCAUGAACCAGACAGUCGCACCCACGUGGGAUGUAAUUGGUAUUAUUAAUGGAACGAAGGAAGAUGAGGUUCUUGUCAUUGGUAACCAUCGUGACGCUUGGGUUAUCGGGGGCGCGGCGGAUCCCAACUCCGGUUCCGCCGUCCUCAUCGAACUUGCGAAAGCCUUUGGCAAGCUUGUCGAAAAUGGAUGGAAGCCUCGAAGAACGAUCAUUCUCGGCUCCUGGGAUGCGGAGGAGUUCGGUCUUCAAGGCUCGACCGAGUGGGUUGAGACUCAUUUGCCCUGGCUCGUAACAAAUGCCGUCGCCUACCUCAAUCUCGAUGUAGCUGUGUCCGGUCCUCGAACUGCUCUGUCUGGGUCCGGAGAGAUCCAGACUCUUGCUAUUGAGAUGAUGAAGAAGGUUCUCUUUCCCGAGGACUGGGAUGUCGGCCCAACUCUGUACGACAUGUGGUUCAACACCACCGAGGGGGAAAUUCCCCCCUUGGGAAGCGGAAGUGACUACGCCGCCUUCUAUCAUAACGGAAUCAGCGCCAUUGAUAUUGGGUCUGAUGGUGGAAAGACUGAUCCGGUGUACCAUUAUCACGGGCACUACGACUCGUACGCCUGGAUGUCCAAAUUCGGCGACCCGGGCUUCAAAAUCCACCGCGUGAUGGGCCAAUGGCUCACCCUGAUCGCGUACCACAUCGCCGACGACGUCAUCAUCCCCUGGGACCUCCCCAACGCGGGCCGCGUCCUGCGGACCUACUACGAAGACCUCAACGAGACCAUCGCCGAGUCGUACCCCGACCUCGACCUCGACCUGUCGCCCAUCGACGACGCCAUCGCCGGGUUCGAGGCCGCGGCUGAGCGCAUCGCGACGGUCGCCAAGCAGGCGCUCGCGUUCAACGACACCGUCCUCGUCGACGUUGUGAAUAGCAAGUACCGCGACUUCUCACGGGGGUUUGCUAGUGCGGGAGGACUUCCCGGACGGCCGACGUUCCAUAAUGUGGUCAGCGCGCCGGGGCUUGAUAACGGGUACGGCGCCGAUGUGUUUCCGGCCGUUCAGGAUAGUUUGAGUGCGGAUAACGAGGAGCAGGCGAGGGAAUGGGUGGAGAAGAGUGCUUCGGCGGUGUCUCGUGCCGCUGAGAUUUUGCACAUUUAA